UUUAUCACGGAAGGUCUCUCACUGAUAUCUGCUGCCUCGAGUGUAGCAGUUGAGAUUGCGUUUCGAUACAGUGUCUCUGGCAAUGCCAUGCAGGAAGAAGAGUAGCAUGGCCUCAGCAUACACGAGGCUCAGUCUCGGCUGUUAGGACGCCGGUAGAUUGCCGAUGGCGGAGCGGAGAUGGCCAUGGCGCCAGAGUGCGGGGGUGGAUCUGGAGAAGAUCGAGCCUCAAAAGGCUGGGGCCCCACUCCUCCUCCUCCUCGUCCUUUGCUGACCAUACCCGCAAUCCCACCCACUCCACUGCACCAUGGCCACCACCUCUACCUCGACUACCACUACGACUGCGACCGCGACCAUGCCAGCCAUUGUCCGUCUGGCACGCUCUACCAAUAUCGAUGUGGACUCUCUUGACCCUUCUCUCGCGCGCAAGCUCCUCUCCUUGGGCGUGACAGCCAACGACCAGACGUCCAAUCAGGUGCUGAUCGUGCAGGCCAUUCUGGAUCCACAGAAUGCCCAAUUGGUCAAGGAAGUCACUGCCUCGAUGCCCGACGCCCCUUCACUGGCCAUCGUCGACCACAUCUCGGUGCUGUUGAGCAAGCGCAACGAUGGACUCAUCAAGGGGAGAUUCCUCCUGCAGACGUCCCCACAGGGUGCGAGCGACAUGGCUGCCAUCAUUGCUCAUGCUCGCAAUUACGCAAAAGAGUUUGAGAUGGCGGGAUUGCCAAAGGAGAGGUUCUGCAUUAAGCUGCCGGCUACGGGAGCGGGUGUUAAUGCUGCCAAGGUCCUCGAAGGGGAGGGUAUCCGCACCCUCGGAACCUCCCUCUUCUCCGUCCCUCAAGCUCUUGCAUGCUCCCAAGCAGGCUGUCUCUCCAUCUCCCCUUACUUCAACGAGAUCCCCGCCCACGACCGCACCACCAACCUGUGGCCCCAGCCUGCAGACGUGGCCCGAGAGCAUCCCAUGUCCCCCCGAAUGGUGCAGAUCUACCAAGCCUACGCAGACCUGGAGCGACACACUGGUCGGACACAGCCGCUGAUCAAGGCGGCGAGCAUGAUUGGGGGAAAAGAGGCAAUGGCGAUCGGUGAAGAGAUGGGGGCACAGCACCUCACCUGCCUUGCACCAGUGCUCAAGGAGCUCUUUGAGAUGCAGGUCUCGGGCGAUUCGAAGAAGGCAGAAAUCAAUACGUACGCUACAUUCGACGUACCAGAGCGAUUGAAGGAUCUCCUGCAGGUCGACCCGCUCUCCCCUGGGGGCAAGCCAUACACCAUCGACCCUUCCCUUGACUGGCUCGCGGAUGGGGGAGCAGCACUAGAUGCAUACAUCGCCGGAGACGCUGAGACGGCGAAGCGACUCCAAGCGUCACUCGACUUGUUCAUUGGAGCUGAAGCAGUGGCCAUUGAGGCCGUGGAGCGAGUCAGGAGAGGGGAGGGUACAGAGGGAUUGGUAUUUGGAGGUCUUUAGAGCUCACGCGCACUGGUAGAUCAUAGACUAGACUAGACUAGACUAGACUAGACUCAUCCUUGCAAUCAUCGUCAGGUCGAUUUUAUUGCCAUAGAAUCAAACCCUUUGAUUGAGACAGUCCUCGGAUAUGUAUCGCUGGCAGUCGAUGCCAUUUCGCUUGUCUGAUUUGCGCUGCUCAGUAGGCCAUGGACCUCUCGAUGACCUGAGUCAGGUGUUGAGCACCAUCAGCGCCCUGCACGUCACCGAUGCCAGGAGCGAGGUCCAGAACUCUCCUCUGCGGAAUCGUCCCCUUGACCAAAGCCGCAAUAUCAUCGUCCUUGUACCCAAUACUCUUCAGUCCCCUC